AAGCAAAAACACAAAUGAACAAUAAUAACUCAAAUUAUGGGGUAUAGAAGAAACUACGCAAUCACAUUUGUAGCCCUUGUGGUGGCUCUAUGGGGCGUAACAAAAGCACAGCCGAGCGGGUCAUGCGUGAGCACACUGACCACUCUCUCUCCGUGCCUCAGCUACAUCACCGGAAACUCAACCACUCCCUCACAGCCUUGCUGUUCUCAGCUCGACUCUGUCAUCAAAUCUUCACCGCAGUGCAUCUGCUCAGCCGUAAACAGUCCGAUUCCCAACAUCGGUCUUAACAUUAACCGCACACAGGCCUUGCAGCUCCCCAAUGCCUGCAACAUUCAGACGCCUCCCCUCACACAAUGCAACGCGGCCACUGGUCCAGCAGCACCGCCUCCGGCCCCUUCACCGACGGAAAAUACCUCAGAUGUGACACUGACCCCAACCUCAUCGCCGGGUGCUCGUUCAGGAGUUGGAGGUGGUUCCAAGACCGUUCCCUCCGCUGGUUCCGGCUCGUCCAGCGGGAACGUUGACCACGUGCCGCUGCAUUUUCUUAUGUUUGCUGUAUUUUUGGUCUGCACUUCUUCUUUUCUUUAAUCAAUUCUGAGAGUUCAUGUAUUUGGGAAUUUAAUUUCACUUGCUGUGCCAGAUUGAUCAUAAGCGAGACAUGUUUUCUGUUUAUAUUGCUAUUUUCUGUUGAUGGCAUAGAAUUACUGAAUAUAUGUUUGCAUAUGAAA